GACAGAGUGACCGGAGAAAACCCCGCAGUCUCGCCAGUCGACAGCUUUCCUAUCACAAUCACCUCUCUUCUUCAUCACAUCCGCCAACAUCAUGAUCCCCCCACUCCCCUCGAUGACCCCGACCUGGCGCAAUGACACAUACGCCGCCAUCUCCCCCGCUAGACCGGAGCUGAGCGCUGUCGGGAAGACGAUCAUCAUCACCGGCGCAGGCAGUGGGAUCGGUCGCGCGACCGCUUCGUCCUUUGCCCAAGCCGGCGCCAGCCAUAUCGCGCUGCUCGGUCGCACGGAGGCCACCUUGCUGGAAACGCAGAAAACACUUCCCUGCAAGAGCUCCGUUCAUGUUGUCAGCGUCACAGACGAGACUGCCCUGCGAGAGGUGGCCUCGACGAUCGGGGCCUGGGACGUCCUGGUCCUCGGCGCGGGAUACGUCGCGACUCCGGGGUCGGUUGUCGACUCCCCAGUGGAUGACUGGUGGCAGGCGUUCGAGACAAACGUCAAAGGUACCAUGAUCCCAAGCAAAGUCUUCCUUCCGACGGCGAACUCCACCUCCGCAGCCAUAAUCACUACCAGCGCCGCGGUGGUCUUCCCCCCGAUUAUGAUGGUCGGCAUAUCAGCCUACAUCAGUUCCAAGCUGGCCGUGGUCAAAUUGACCGAGUUCCUCGCGGCAGAGAACCCGUCCGUCUUCAUUGCUUGUCUGAGUCCGGGGAUGGUCGAGACAAAUAUCUUCAUCAAAAGUGGUGCCAAGGCAGACCAGUUGCCCAUGGAUACCGUACAACUUCCGGCUGAUUUCACCGUCUGGCUGACCAGUCCCGAAGCCUCGUUUCUGAAGGGGCGACAGGUCUGGGCGAACUGGGACGUGGAAGAGUUGAAGGAGAAGGCGGGCGAGAUUCAAGCGGGGCUGCAACUGACCGCGAAUAUUAACGGUUGGCCGUUUCCGAAUAUGUAAAUGGAUCGUCUGGGGACUUGUGUCGGU